CCACACUCCUUAAAUGGAGAGAGGCUGGUCACAUGGGGCACAGUAUCUAAGCGAUAGUGGAGAAAGGAAACUGAGAACUUCGGACUGUAGCGGAGCCGGUAGAGAGCUCUGAGGCAGAGUGAGGGUGUAUCGCGAGGCUCGCACCUGCCCGGAGGAAGGCGCAUGCAGUGAAAAUGCCCACAAACUUUACUGUGGUCCCUGUGGAGGACAGCAGGACUGAGCCGCUGGAGGAGGAAGACGCCCAAAGCCACUCACAAGAGUUAUACCCAGGCGAUACCGUCCCGAAGGAAGAUAGUCCUUUUAUCGACAGAGACAAUGACCAGGAGAGCUAUUAUGAUGGAAAGAACAUGGCACUUUUUGAGGAGGAGAUGGACAGUAACCCAAUGGUGUCCUCGCUACUCAACAAACUGGCUAACUACACCAACCUGACGCAGGGAGUGGUGGAGCAUGAGGAGGCCGAGAAUGAGGAGGGAGCCAAGAGGAAAACUGUCAAGAGUCCACAGAUGGGCACCUUCUUUGGCGUCUACCUGCCCUGCCUGCAGAACAUUCUGGGCGUCAUCCUCUUCCUGCGCCUCACCUGGAUUGUGGGCACCGCGGGCAUCUUGGAAGCCUUUGCAAUUGUCUUCAUGUGCUGCUCCUGUACCAUGCUGACUGCCAUCUCCAUGAGUGCCAUAGCCACCAACGGCGUUGUGCCAGCUGGUGGGUCCUACUACAUGAUCUCCAGGUCUCUGGGCCCAGAGUUUGGCGGCGCCGUGGGUCUCUGCUUCUACCUGGGCACCACUUUUGCCGGAUCCAUGUACAUCCUGGGAACCAUCGAGAUCUUCCUGACCUACAUCGUGCCCAGUGUGGCCAUCUUCACAGCAGAGAAGAAGGAGGAUGAGGCUGCAGCCAUGCUGAACAACAUGCGCGUUUACGGCACGGGCUGCCUGCUCUUCAUGGCCCUGCUGGUCUUCGUGGGGGUCAAGUACGUCAACAAAAUGGCACUGGUCUUCCUCUCCUGCGUGGUGCUCUCCAUCAUAGCCAUCUACGCCGGGGUCAUCAAGACCGUCGUCGACCCUCCCCACUUCCCGAUCUGCCUCUUGGGGAACAGAAUCUUGGAGAACCUCGACUUUGACAAGUGCCUGAAGAGGGAGGUGGUCAACAAUAUGACAGUGGCCACCAGACUAUCGACCUUGUUCUGUGACAGCCCGUUCCAGGAAGAGACCUGUGAUGAGUACUUCAAGCUCAACAAUGUGACGGAGAUCGAAGGCAUCCCUGGUCUGUUCAGCGGGGUCAUCUCAGAUAACCUGUGGAGCAGCUACGGGCCCGGCGGCAUGCUGGUGGAGAAGGCGGGGGUCCCCUCCAACCCGGCCCAGAACACCUCCAGGGAUGGCAGCCUGCCCUACGUCUUCAACGACAUCACCACUGUCUUCACGCUGCUGGUGGGCAUCUACUUCCCCUCCGUGACAGGAAUCAUGGCUGGCUCAAACAGGUCUGGAGACCUCCGAGAUGCCCAGAGGUCCAUUCCCACAGGAACCAUCCUGGCCAUUGUAACCACCUCUUUGAUAUACAUGUCCUGUGUCCUGUUGUUUGGUUCAUGUAUUGAAGGUGUAGUUCUAAGAGACAAGUUCGGACACUCUGUCCAUAAAAACCUGGUGAUUGGUACAUUGUCUUGGCCCUCGCCUUGGGUCAUUGUCAUCGGCUCCUUCUUCUCCUGCUGUGGGGCGGGGCUUCAGAGCCUCACUGGCGCCCCCCGGCUGCUGCAGGCCAUUGCACGCGAUGGCAUAGUACCCUUCCUGCAGGUGUUUGGCCACGGUAAGGCCAAUGGGGAACCCACCUGGGCCCUGCUGCUGACUGCUGCCUUCUGUGAAAUCGGGAUACUGAUCGCCUCCCUGGACGCUGUGGCCCCUAUCCUGUCCAUGUUCUUCCUGAUGUGCUACCUCUUUGUCAACCUGGCCUGUGCAGUACAGACACUGCUCCGCACCCCUAACUGGAGGCCCCGUUUCAAAUUCUACCACUGGACCCUUUCCUUCCUGGGCAUGAGCCUCUGUCUCUCCCUCAUGUUCAUCUCCUCCUGGUAUUACGCCCUGGUGGCCAUGCUGAUUGCUGGCUGCAUCUACAAGUACAUUGAGUACAGAGGAGCGGAAAAGGAAUGGGGUGAUGGUAUCCGGGGGCUGUCCCUCAAUGCUGCACGCUACGCCCUCAUCCGCCUGGAGGAGGCUCCGCCCCACACCAAGAACUGGAGACCCCAGCUGCUGGUGCUUCUGAACCUGGAUGGAGAGCUGGCCGUGAAGCACCCCCGGCUGCUGUCCUUCACCACACAGCUGAAGGCUGGCAGGGGCUUGACCAUCAUCAGCUCCGUGCUCGAGGGCACCUACCUGACUAAGGGCACUGAGGCCAAACGGGCUGAGCAGAGCAUCAAAUCGGCCAUGUCUGCGGAGAAGACGAAGGGCUUCUGCCACGUGGUGGUGUCCUCAAACCUGCGGGACGGCUUCUCCCACCUGAUCCAGACGGCAGGGCUGGGGGGCAUGAAGCACAACACUGUGCUGAUGGCCUGGCCUGGCAACUGGAAGCAGACGGAGGACAGCCAGUCCUGGGGGAACUUCAUCGAAACCAUCAGGGAGACAACAGCGGCUCACCAGGCCCUGCUGGUGGCCAAGAACGUGGACAGCUUCCCAACCAACCUGGAGCGCCUGGAGGGAACCAUCGAUGUCUGGUGGAUCGUGCAUGAUGGAGGGCUGCUCAUGCUGCUGCCCUUCCUCUUCCAUCAGCACAAGGUUUGGAGAAAGUGUAAGAUGCGAAUUUUUACCGUGGCUCAGAUGGACGACAACAGCAUCCAGAUGAAGAAGGACCUGCAGAUGUUCCUCUAUCACCUCAGGCUUGAUGCUGAGGUGGAGGUGGUGGAGAUGCAUGAACGUGACAUAUCAGCUUUUACCUAUGAGAAAACACUGGUGAUGGAGCAGCGCUCUCAAAUGCUGAAGCAGAUGCGGCUGUCCAGGACAGAGCGAGAGAGAGAGAUUCAGAGCAUCACUGACGAGUCCCGCAGCUCCAUCAAGAAGAAGAACCGCCCAGCUACCCAGUUUCAUGCUCCCUCUGGCGGCAGACAGCCAGACCAGGCCCAGCUCAUCCACGACAGGAACACCAAGUCCCACGCAGUCCUCACUGACAAGGCCAACACCAUCCCGGACCGGGUGCAUAUGACCUGGACCAAGGAGAAGCUGGUCAGCGAGCGGAACCGACAGAGGGAGGCUAACAUGGGCGUGCGAGACCUUUUCAGCAUGAAGCCAGAGUGGGAGAACCUGAACCAGUCCAACGUGCGGAGGAUGCACACAGCCGUGGAGCUGAACAAAGCUCUCACCAGCAAGUCCACGGAGGCCCAGCUCGUCCUGCUCAACAUGCCUGGGCCACCUAAGAACAAAGGUGGCGAUGAAAACUACAUGGAGUUCCUGGAGGUGCUGAUGGAGGGUCUGCCCCGUGUGCUGCUCGUGCGAGGUGGUGGGCGGGAGGUCAUCACCAUCUACUCAUAGCACUGCUGCUGGCCGGGCCCCAUGGGAGGCCCCCAUCCUCCACACCCAGCGUCACGGCUGUGCCAUAGCCGUGCUAGGAGCGGACACCCCCACCUGCAGGAGCGGACACCCCCACGUGUCGCCAUGGAGCCGGAUCUCAGGCAGUUUGGGGGCCCAGUGGAGCCACAAACAGCUGUCUUUCUCCUUCGAUGUGCUUUCCCAUGACAUGCUUGUGCCACUGAGAUCUCACUCCGCAUGUGCGUGCUGGAUGGGACACCUGAGCGAACAGGAGUGAUCAUUCCCGGUGUCUUCGAUGGUGACGGGAAAUGGGCCGGACACCAGUGUCCUCAAGAAGCUGCCUUCGUCUGUGCUUUAAUAGUCAUCAUCUUAGAAUACUUAGCUGUGCUCUUCUAAAUAAACUGGACAGCUAUUACUCAUUUGUAGAUGCACUUUUAGUAGGAUAAGUUUAUUUCUCAUUCCUGCUUUGUUGUUGUCAGAUUUAGUUGUAUUUCUAUAUCUGCAGGUUGCUCCAGAAGUAGGGGACACUCAAGCAUUAUGUAGUCCGUGGUAUUGAUUUAUUGCCAGGUGUAAAUGGCUGUUUUGGGCCGAAAGAAGACAAACUACAAGGUGUGAGUAUCUUAGCGCAGAUGAUGAUGCUUUGAGGUCCAAAGGGAGCGAAGCACAGAUUGGCCUUCACUCUUCACUCCUGAAACUCACAUGUAUUUUGACGAAAAUUCUACAUAUGAUCUCAAAAUUCUAAUUUAGAACAGUGUUUGUAUUCAUCCAUCUUACAUUGCCGUAAACAAUAUGAUCUUUAUCAUCAGUAUAAAAGCUGCUAGUUGAAUGACUCAUGCUAAGAGGUCUAACGUUUAAAUAGUUACACAUCAAUCCAGGUCGCCCUUCUGGGCAGGGCUUUACUGUGGGGCAUGUGCGGAUCUGGGCGUGGCUUCACUGGGGGACAUGUGCAGAUAUGGGCGUGGCUUCAUUGGGGUGAGUGCAGAUCUGGGCGGGGCUUCACAGGGGUGUGUGCGGAUCUGGGCAGGGCUUCAUUGGGGUGUGUGCAGAUCUGGGCGGGGCUUCACAGGGGUGUGUGCAGAUCUGUGCGUGGCUUUGCUGGGGGGCAUGUGCAGAUAUGGGCGUGGCCUCACUGGGGGACAUGUGCAGAUAUGGGCGUGGUCUCACUGGGGGACAUGUGCAGAUCUGUGCGUGGCCUCACUGGGGGACAUGUGCAGAUAUGGGUGUGGCCUCACUGGGGGACAUGUGCAGAUAUGGGCGUGGCCUCACUAGGGGACAUGUGCAGAUCUGUGAGUGGCCUCACUGGGGGACAUGUGCAGAUAUGGGUGUGGCCUCACUGGGGGACAUGUGCAGAUAUGGGUGUGGCCUCACUGGGGGACAUGUGCAGAUAUGGGCGUGGCCUCACUGGGGGACAUGUGCAGAUAUGGGCGUGGCCUCACUGGGGGACAUGUGCAGAUAUGGGCGUGGCCUCACUGGGGGACAUGUGCAGAUAUGGGCGUGGCCUCACUGGGGGACAUGUGCAGAUAUGGGCGUGGCCUCACUGGGGGACAUGUGCAGAUAUGGGCGUGGCCUCACUGGGGGGCAUGUGCAGAUCUGUGCGUGGCUUCACUGGGGGACAUGUGCAGAUAUGGGCGUGGCCUCACUGGGGGACGUGCAGAUAUGGGCGUGGCCUCACUGGGGGACAUGUGCAGAUAUGGGCGUGGCCUCACUGGGGGGCAUGUGCAGAUCUGUGCGUGGCCUCACUGGGGGACAUGUGCAGAUAUGGGUGUGGCUUCACUGGGGGCAUGUGCGGACCUGGGCGUGGCUUCACUGGGGGGCAUGUGCGGACCUGGGUGGGGCUUUACUGGAAGCACAUGCAGAUCUGCUGUUAUGGCGUGAAAACACAGGGUGGCCUUACCUUUGUCAUGAAGAAGCAGUCAUCGAUUUUCAGGAUGGAGCAAAGUAAGGAAGCGGGGGUCAGGUGCACCCUUCGUGUUUCUGCUCAAUCUAACAAGUAAUUUUUAUAUGACCCUCAGUAUUUCAAUAUCAUGGACUUGAUAAACUGCUUAACUGGGUUUAAUCUGAGGUCUGACAUCAUCAGUCAAACUUGGCUGUGCUGUAAGGCAAGUGUUCCUGUGUAUGUGCUUCCGGCGUGGGGAGAGGAUCGUCACCGUUCGGGGGAGGGGGUCACGUCUGUUAACUUUCAGCUCUGGUUAGUUAAAGCUGUUCUAUGAAAUAUAAAACAUAAGACCGCUGGUUUACCCCCAUGUAUUAUUACUGUAAGUAUGUACUUGUAUACUGUCAUAAAUUAUAACAUGUGUAUACAGACUGGCAUCGCGAUAUGAGUCUGCAGUUAUCAGCAAUGUAUUUAAACAUGUGGAGAGGAGCUGGGAGGCCACUAUUCAGACCGACCCCUCCUGAAAAUCCACCACACAUCAGCUUACAGUCUAUCUCUGGGAGGGGGGGGAGGCAAUGUCAUCCAGUCGUUGGCCUUCACACAGCUAAAGUGGACUAAUACUAUAAAAUAGUAAACUCCAGAUUUUAUUUAUGGAUGUAAUGUAUGAGGGAUUGUUUUUCAUUUUAGCUAUUUUUUUUACUUUUCACUUGGUCUCUGACCAGGCAAACAACCUAUUAAUCAGAUUCCUUGUAUGUCUAAACAUAUUUGGCCAAUAAAGCUGAUUCUGAAAUACUGUAUUGAGUAUCAUGGUAAGACUUUCUUUGAAUUGCCUACUAUAUACCAUAAUGAACAGCAUCUUUGUGUCUUUUCAUGUUUAAAACAGUGGUUAUAAAUUACAGACCCUUAUAUUGGCUGAAAUUGUACCAUAAGAAUAAAACAGCUAUGUAAUUCCGUUC